GGGGAGGUUGAUCAACAGAGGAGGAAGAAGAAGACAGUGGCCAGUGGAGUCCUGGGUGCUGCCUGCUAGGCCCAGCAAUGCCACACCAGACAAAGAAGACACUGCUGAUAGGAUCUGAGAGGAAGGAAACAGUGCACCGUGCUGGGGCUCUCAAUGUGACAUUAUAAAAUUGUCUUUCUCUAGACUGGCCUCCCAAACAGGUUCCAGAGAUGGAUUACCUUACUUUCCUCUUGGCUAUUCUUUAUGUAUACAAAGCUCGAUGUGAAGAGAUAUUUUGGGACACAACUGUUAAACUUGCUAAGAAUAUGGCCCUAGAAUGUGUGUAUCCAUCAAAGGACACUUUAACCCAGAUGGAGUGGUUCAAGAUCAAGACACUGGAGAGAGAGUCCAUAGCCAUUUUCAACCCUACUUACCGUGUGAUCAUAAGAGAGCCGUACGCUGAUAGGGUUUACUUUUCAAAUUCAACCACGGCCUCUAACGAUAUGACCUUGUCCUUCCAUAAUGCCUCUGAGGUGGACGUUGGCUUCUAUUCCUGCUUUCUUCAUACUUUCCCACAUGGAACCUGGGAAAAGGUGAUACAGGUGGUUCCAUCAGACAGUUUUGAGACAGCUGUGCCAUCAAAUAGCCAGAAAGUCUCAGAACCUGGAAAAAAUGUCACACUCACCUGCCAGCCUCAAAUGAAAUGGCUGUUACAAGAAGUUACAUGGGAAAAGAUCCAGCCCCAUCAGAUUGACCUCUUAACUAGCUGCAACUUGUCCCAAGGAAGAAGUUACACUUCAAAGUACCCAAGACAGAUACUGAGCAACUGCACCCAGGGAAUGAGGAGGACCUUCAUCACCAUGCCCCACAUUAUGGCCUCUGACUCAGGACUCUACCGCUGUGGCUUCAAAGCCAGCACAGGAGAAACUGAAACCUUUGUGAUGAGACUGAUCGUAACCGAUGGUAAAACCAAUAACCAAUCCAUCCUCUUCAUGGCUGCAGGGACAGCUUUGUUGUUGCUGUUGAUUAUCCUAAUUACCACCGUCAUUGCCAUUCCUUAUAAGAGAAGGAGAAGGAGACAGAAAAGAGGCCUAUUUAAAGAGUACUGGGACACACAGAAUAGGGCAACCAACAACUACAGAAGUCCUGUCCCUGCCAAUCAACCUUCAGAUGGUGCAGGAGAGGAUAUUUAUGUCAACUACCCAACCUUCUCUCGUAGACCAAAGACUAGAGUCUAAGCUUUUCCCUUAAUCUGAGCAUAUUAAUGAUGACUAUUAUGCACAUGGAUCUUUAUACAAUUUCUUCCCACUAUUUAAUGUCUACCUUGGAUACUAGUUGACCGAGUUUAUUUCAUUUGACAGGAAAAAUACUGCCUUACCUAGAGUGCAUUCUUAACAGAAAUGUUUUAGAAAACCUGACUCUAAUUAGCUUACACAUAAAAGGAAACUUAUUGAAUCAUGUAAUGGAACAAUCAAGGGGAGAACAAGCUUCAGGCAAGGGUUAUUUACCAGGGCUUAAAUAUUAUGUCUAGAGUUAAGUAUGGAUAUAAGACAGUUCCUGCAUGUCCUUUCACAGUGUUGGAUCCACUUCCUUGGUGUUAGCCUGACUCUCAUUCAGGCUUUUCCCUUGUGUUUCCAAGAUGACUGCCAACAACUCUUGGCAAUUCAUAAUCCUUGUUUCUGUCUGGUAAAGAGUUUGCUCUGAUAGAGCAAACACAUUUGGUUACUUGUCCAUCAUAAAACAGUCAUUAUGGCCAGAAAGGAUGAAAUGGCUUAAGUCAGUUAAGGGCUCACCUCUAGAGCUAGGUAGGAGUGAGACCAAAGCACACUACUGGGAAAUUCAGAGUUUUAUUAGAAGAAGUAAAGGGGAGCCUGGAAGCUGGGCUGGUUGCCAACAAAUGCGGACUGUAAUGACCUUCCAAGACAUCUUCUGUUAGCCAGCUAAAAAGAGUAGGAAGGCAGGUCUAGGUUAGCUCUCUCUCUUCCCACUUCUAGAACCUACUCUGUCAGCUUGGUCCAGAAGAGUACUUGGCAGUAGAAUGACUAAAUGGUCAAGAGGAAGAUAAACGUGACAGGGAAAUCUCUUCUUUUUCUAUUCUCAAAUAAAUUCAUUUCUGAUUUCAUAUAGAAUUUCACUAUCCCUGGUUUAGCCUUAUGAGCAAGAGUAGUAGAUGAUCCAACAAUAACUUAAUUUUUUUAUAUUGAAUUUUUUAUACUUUUGAGAAUUAUUUUUAAUAUAUAAUUUCUCUCAAAAGA